AUGAGUUCCUCUGGUCGAUUGGAGGGGGUUAUCUGGUGCCGGCUUUUCCGCCGCGCAAAUCAGCGAGCCGUACUGCUGCGUAUCCACGCGCAAAUUAAGACUCAAGGGUCCUUGCGUCACGCGCUACCCGCUCGUCGCUCCAAGUUCCGACCGACACCUCGUAAGGCUCCUCUUUACGAUCCAGAGCAGGCAACGGCAGACAUGGACGCAACCCCACCAGUUCCAAUCAUCUCGCUCGGAGGCGAGGGCGACGAGUCGCCUCUGGGUCCAAAGAUCUUGGACGCGGUGGUCCAGACAGGGUUUUUCUACCUAGCCGACCACGGCAUCACCCCCCAAGAGAUCGAUCUGCUCUUCAGCCAGAGUGCAGAGUUCUUCCUCCACGAACCUGAAGCGGAGCGUGUCAGAUGUCAAGAUCGCAACAACAACACUGGCUACACGGCGAUGCAACAGGAGCAGCUAGAUCCGACCAGCAGAGCGGGAGGUGAUCUCAAGGAGUCGUUUUACCUCGCCGGUCUAUCUCGAGCUGAAGGCGGUUCUUCUUCAGUCGAUCCGCAAUAUCGGCCACCUUCGCAAAUGCUGCCACCAACGCUGGCGCAGCACCGAGAGGCGAUUUCAACGUUUAUCGAAAAGUGCAAAGGCAUCUGCGAUGCGGUGCUAGCAGGCUUCGCCGAAGCAAUCGAUCUACCCUCCAACUUCUUUACCGACUCCCAUCACGGCCAACACGAUCGAUUACGUCUCAUCCACUACCCUCCGACUCCCAUCGUCGACCCCGACGCCGAAUCGACGCUCGCAACGAGCAUCCGUGCCGGCUCUCACUCCGACUACGGGUCGUGCACCCUGCUCUUCCAAAAGGAUGUCGGUGGAUUGCAAGUGGAGACCAAACCGCAGCAAUGGGUCGAUAUUCCUCCGCAAAAGGGAUGCAUCGUGGUCAACGUCGGUGACGCGAUGGAGUUCUGGAGCGCAGGGCUCUUCCGCUCGACACAGCAUCGCGUGGUGCUCCCGCGCAGCGCGUCAGAGAGCGGAUCCCGUUUCUCGGUGGCAUACUUUUGUCAGCCGGACGAAGACGCUCGUCUGGUGCCGCUAGACAUAUCGGACAAUAUCAGGGAAAAGUGUCGAGGCGACUUGAUGGCGAGGGACGAGUUCCAGAGGAGGUGUGCUGCCAAAGGUGUUUCCAACGCCGCCGAGUUGACAGGUGGUCAGCACUUGCGUGCUCGUCUGACCGCCAGCUAUCGACCCACCCGAUCGUGA